CUGUGCGCUGAUCGCGGUGGGCCCUGCUCUCCGCCGGUGCCUCUAGACACCGCUACGAAUGACAAAUAUGAUUUUCCCUUUACGCUUGUCUCCUUCAUCUCCAUCCAUGCUGCAGUGCCUGUGAGAGCCUGCAAAGAGACGCUGUCUUUUGCUGCUUCGGGAUCCCAGCAAGAAAUGGGAGUCUGAUGGAUUGUAAAUGCACCUGCUUUGUUUAAAACCCAGCCAAACAGAUAAGUGCCCUUUUAAUUAUCUCACAACAGCUUUUUAGACGUAGCUGUGCACAACAUCUCUCUUCAGUUUGGUUUCAAUUCGGUGAGCCCUCUGUGUUUCACCAUUGCAAAUGAACGCUCUGCGGUUCUCCUUUCGGCUAAGAAAUACCAGAUGAUAUCGGUAUUUUACGUGAGCUAAUUAAUUAGCGUCUGAGGGAACCGCAGCUGACGGCUUGGGAAGCUCCCGGGGGUCUUUCCCUGCCCCUCCGGAGCUGCCAUCUCCAGCAGCCCUGUGAGGUUUUGGGACUCUGAGGAGCAGCUCUGCGGGACCAGACGAGGCUGAUGUGACCCAUCUGAGCCUUAAGGAGUCCUCCGGGACUCAUUAGAGGUUUAAUAACGAAACUUGGCUGGUUUGAUUGAGAAGAUGGUUGUGCAGGCUUGGCACGGUCUCAGAGAAACCAGCUAACGCUGCUGGCAGGAGAGAGGGCUUUCUGCACGUGCUAUUCAUAUGUGUGCGGAGAAAGUGAUAACUCCCGCUUCUCCCUGCUGGUUUCCAGGUGGGAAAAUAGCCGGGACCGGGGAGAGAAGCCUUUCGUUAUACUGAGUUUAUACAGGGCAUACAAGAGGGUAUCGUGGGUGGGUGGUAGCAAGAAUUGUCCCCUCAAAGUUAUGGGGAUGUUUAUAUCUAUGGAUGCAAAAUACAGACUAUCAAGAAAAUAAUUUCUGACAGCUUAGAUCUGCUUCUAUAGGUGACCGCUGCCUGCUUUUGGACACACCACUGCAAUUAUUAAAUAAUUCAAGAAAUCCAGAAAAUAUGGUCUCAUGUACAAUGUAACUUUGCAAUAGCGUACAGCCACGGGGCUGGGGCAAAUAUUCACUAUACCUGCAAUUUACUGCGUUAGAAUAAUGAAAAUACCACUAACGCUGAGCGUGUGAGCUUUGGAGGGGAUGUGUGGAAGGAGGAGGGACAGGAGCCAAAUUAUCUACUCCAGACCUGCCUUGUCUGCUCUACCAGGCUUAAUUAGCACUGUAAAAUGUCUACCUUGCUGUUAGGAAAACGGUAAACAGGUUUGCUAUGGCAAAUUAAACUGUAGUAACUGAUGUAAAUUUGUCCUACCUACCUAAGCAGAAGGUGAGUUUCUUGGUGAAGGUGUCAGCCUAGGACUGAGGGAGAGACCGGAGAGACAAGACAGCGAAGCAGGAGGUUACUGCGGUGUGAGACAACUGGAUCUAGAUCAACUCGUGUGAUCCCUGGAGUGUCUGAAGUUCCCUCUUUUCUAGGAAAAACUUCACUCCUGCUGUUAUUACCAAGAAAGUUUUUAUAUUAAUAGAAGAAAUGACACGUCUGAUAUUAAUGACUAUGCUCUGUCUUACAAUUUUAAACAGUACUUAUUCUUGACUCUUCAAUACUCUGAUAGCAAAAAAGCUUGACGGUAUAUUAAGAAACACUGAUAAAAUGAAGCCCUAGUGAGAAAAUUGGAGUUUGUUCAUUCAACAAGCAUGGCUAGGAAGUUAAAGAAGCUUAACUCAUCUUUGUACCCCAACUAACAGAGCUCUUUGCUGCUCAGAAAAAGAAACAAAAAAGUUUUAACCUCAGAGAUCCUCAAGGUCUCGAUUAUUAGGUUUGCAACUUGAAAUCUGCUUUCUGCCAGUGUGCUGAUAUCAAUGUUCCCCCAAAUCAAGUCCCCUUAAAUUAACCCUAACCUGGCCAGUUCCAGUGCUGGCAUCAAAGUUGAAUUUGGAAAUCAUAUCCCAAAGUGUGGCAUGCAACUUGUAACGCUCUGUGCUCCUUGGCAGAAGAGGCAGAAAACACUUACAGUCCCUCUCAGGAGCGGUACUGGUGUGAGAGAUGAUACUGAGCGUGUUACAUCCACCUGUGGUUUGGUUUGUGCAUCCGGCAGCUGAGGAGAACAGAUUUCAACAGAUCUUGACAGGUUUCUGUGAAAAAUCUUGUCUGGAAAAGCAGACCCCCGAAUCCCUAACUCUUUCCUCGUCUUACAGGUGAACCUUGAGGACACUUGGGAGACCGUAGCUCCUGAAUGCAUGACCUUCCCCUGGGAUUAGAAGAGAGCCAUGGGGAAAGACAAGAAGGAAGAGGAGGCCGUCUUUCUGAGGAAAAAGAUAACUUUGCUGCGGGCUUUCUCCCUCCUCAUCGGCAGCAUGGUUGGCAGCGGCAUCUUUAUCUCCCCAAAAGGAGUACUGAAAAACUCCGGCAGCGUGGGUUUCUCCCUGGUUGUCUGGUUUGCCUGUGGGCUCCUCUCAAUGUUUGGUGCCUUGUGUUAUGCAGAGCUUGGGACAAGAAUCACCAAGUCUGGAGGACAUUAUAUCUACAUUUUGGAGACACUAGGGCCUCUGCCAAGUUUCUUAUUCCUGUGGGCAGAGUUUUUUGCUAUCAGGCCUGCCAACAGUGCUGUGGUUUCUUUGGCAUUUGGACGCUACAUGCUGGAGCCGUUUUUUGCCCCCUGUGCAGCCCCUGUCCCCGCUGUGAAGCUCGUGUCUCUCCUGGGGUACUACAUGGUCCUCACCCUCAAUUCCUGGAGCGUCACCUGGAGUGCCCGGCUGCAGACGGCUCUCUCCGUCAUCAAACUCCUGGCUCUCGCGCUCAUCAUCGUGCCAGGGAUGAUGCUGCUGGCCCAGGGCCACACCGAAAACUUCCAGGAUGCUUUUGACAGACAGUCGUUGCUUUUGGAUAAGCUGCCCCUGGCCUUUUACGCAGGCAUGUUCGCCUAUUCAGGCUGGUUUCAGACCAGCUUUGUACGUGAGGAGUUGGUCAGACCUGAACGAAAUAUCCCCCUGGCUGUCAUCGUGUCCGUGAUCACGGUAAUUGUGGGGUACAUGCUCACCAACAUCUCCUAUUACACGGUCCUGGGAAUGCAAGACGUUCUGGCUUCUCCUGCUGUGGCUGUGAGCUUUGUGCAGCGAGCCUUCAAAAGCCUGAUAUCUGUGGUCCCCGUCCUUGUCGCACUGUCCUGCUUUGGAACCAUGAAUGGAGGAAUCUUUACGUUUUCAAGGACUCUGUUUGUGGCUUCCAGGGAAGGGCAGUGGCCUCCUCUCUUCUCCAUGAUCCACAUUCGAAGGCAUACGCCCCUUCCUGCUGUCAUGUUAAUGUUCCCUUUGGUUACUGCCAUGGUGUGUAUCGGAGAUAUCUACCAUCUAAUGAACUUCUUCAGCUUUUCCCGAUGGCUCUUCAUAGGAUUAGCCACCCUCGGGCUCAUUGUCCAUCGCCACCGUCACCCGGAGCUGCACAGCCCAUUCAAGGUUCCCCUGUUCAUUCCCGUCUCUUUUACCAUCAUCUGCCUCUUCACAGUGGCAAUGUCCUUCUAUUCAGACCCCGUGAACAUUAGCAUCGGAUGCACCAUGGUUUUAAGCGGUUUUCCAGUCUACUACCUCAUAAUCCACAGGCAAAUGUCAACUCGUUGCCGUAGCCCGUUUUAUUAUCUUACACACAAACUACAGUUACUGCUGGAAGUAGUCCAACAAGAAAUCAAGACUUACUGACAAAACCAUCAGAACUCACAGGAGAAGAUAAAAUCUACUUACUUCCUUUCUGAUAGCUUUGAUCCUGACAAAAGCAGGCCAUGUUCUUGUUCUUUUAAUCACUGCAAAUGAGGAUAAGCCUGAGCCAAAACCUUGCUGCAAGUGUUCCUAAGUUUGCCAAUCGGGAUUGGGAUGAGCGCGUCACAUCUGUUUCUGCCCUUUUCUUUUUUAGCAGAACAAUCUAGUUCUCUGAAGUGAGCUUGCUUUGCCUGCAGAGUGUCUUCAAAACCAAGAUCCUAAUUUUGCAGUCUAGCCCAGUUCUCUGUAAAAUAGUAUAUGUGUGUGUGUGUGUGUGUGUACAUAUAUAUGCAUAUAUAUAUAUACACACCCACUAUUUUUUAAUUUCCUAACUUGGCAAAUAGAGGAAGGGAGCAUGUUGCAGAGUCCAAUACAUGGAAGCCAAAUGCAGGUUUUAAACUGAAGCAUUGUAGUAGCCCUGCUGUGGACAAGCAUUAUGAAGGGAAAUGGGUGGGGAGAGCAAAUUAGAAAUAAGGUUAGAUGUAUUGGAAAGGAGGAGGCAGGGGGAUGAAACUUCAUUCACCAGAAAGUGCAGAUUGAGAUUAAUGAGAAGAUAUUUGAAAACCCCUUGAAGUUCAAAUAUUACCAAAGUAAGGUCAGAAUGUUUUGCUUUGAUUAUUGUAUAAGCAGAAUAAGUUUAUUUUGUUUUGAAAUAAUAUUUCAAAUUUGAAUUUUAUUUUUCUGAAGUGACAUUUCAAAAUGUACAAACAAAUUAAAAAAAUCAGCUGAAUAUCAACAAUAUGACAAAAUAGAUCCUGAUCCCUCCCCUAACUCCCCAGCCCCACUCCUCACCUGGUACUACCAAUGAAGUUGAAAAUUCAGAUUUCGGCCCAACUCCAGUGAAAUACAAUUUCUCCUUUACUUAGACAAGACCACUGAUGAGACUUGAGCAGAUUCCCGAAUAAGUGCAUCUUUUGGUGCUGUAAAAAGACACAAAAGACUUCACGUCGAAGUUUUAACUUUAAAUCUGCAGUCAAAUUAUUUGCUGAACCGAUACAUAAAUACUCAUUUGAAAUAUUGACGUUAGAAAAGUUUCUGUUAUUGGAUUACUUUGGUUUACAUUAUUAAUGUGGCAACGUUAUGUCCAGCUAAAACAACAAUUAGCUAUUUCCAAUCACUUAAUUGUUAAUCUUUUCUUAAAAGAUGGGAAGCAGUAUGCUGAGGCUCCUCUAAUGACUGCUGGAGAGAGGAAUAGCAGAACAUGGAGCAUUUUUAACCUUUUGUAUCAAGCAUUUAUGUACUUAGAGUAAAACCAAAGUACUAUUUACAAACCCAGUGUAAUCUACCGAAACUUGUAAAAUUCACCAUCAAGAUUUGGAAAUAAAUAAGUCGCUUUUUUUUUUUCCAAAGCAA